AUGCUUCCUCCUCCCUCAAACGUGGCCACUGCAUCAUCAGCGUCGGCAACCACUUCCUCUUCUGGUGGUGGUCAGCCAAAUCCAAAAUCAGUUGCACAUAUGGUGGCAUCAUCGGGUGGAGUUCAACAACAAAAUGCUGGAAAUUUAUCAUCAUUGUCCAUGUUAAGAGAUGUUCCUGGAUCAUCAUCAAAUGCUUUAUCACUGGCUAUGAAUUCAACAUCUUCGCUAAUACAAUCGGAUUCAAGCCUUCCUAGGUAUACUUCAUCACCAAAUCAAUACGAUCAAUAUUUGUCAAAAAAGAAGAGAAUAUUUAAUCAUGAGAAAUAUUUUGUGAUGGAAUCAGUAUUGAUGAAAGAUGCGAAGACCAGUGCAAAUCCUGCAAACUUGGCAAACCUUUCAAAGAUUUACUUUGUGAAUGACUUUUCCACAAAUAUGGUGCAAUUACAGCAUAUACUUCCAGAUGAAAUAGUGAAACAUAUUUUCAGUUUUAUUACAUUUCCUCUUGCUUCUUAUUUGAAGCGUUUUUUUCAUCAUCAAAAUAGACAACUUACAUAUGAUUACCAACAACUAGUUUCGGAAAGUAAGAAAGAUAAUCAACUAAUUCCUGGUUUUAUCAAGGAAAACAUAGUUCUCAUUCAGACAUGGAAGGAAAUAACAAAAUUAUUAUUCGGAAAGCGUAAAAAACAACUGAAUCAAUCAUCAUCCGCAUCAGAUAUGGACUGCACAGAGGAUCAUGCCGGAUCUAAUGUUGAAACGUCUUCAGCACCCUUCUUGUUGUGGAAAAAUCUUGAUUGUGGUAUUCAAUCAAGCUAUGAAUACGAUCAAGAAACUCCUCUCAACACGAAACAAAUAAGAACAGUGUUAUCUACAUUUACUAAUAUAAUCUCUUUUGAUUUUAGUGGAAAUACCUCGUUCAAUAAUCGAUGUUUAAAAUACCUAAUGGCCAGAAACCCAAACUUACAAAGCCUAAAUGUGAAAGUCACUAGAGUUGAUUUUGACGGCCUAAGUUACUUACUUAACAAAACCGAGAAUGGAGAGAAAUAUAACGACACAUUGAGAGAGUUAAAAUUAACAAAAUUUUUUCGAACUGGUAUUCCUUCAACAGAGUUCAACAUCUUCAGCAAGUUACGAAAAUUACAUUCUCUGGAAUUGGUUAAUCACCAACUAAACGAAUCUCAAGUAUUAUCAAUCAUUCAAGUGGACUCGGAAAAAUAUAGGCCAUUUGUACAUCUAAAUUUGAGCGGAUGUCAGAUUCCUACAGAGAUCUCUAAUGUAAAAACUAUCACCUCACUUGUACUUGAAGAUUGUAACAUCACACCAGAGUUGGCGAAGUCAUUAUUGAGCAACCUUCCUCGUCUCAAGCAUCUUGAUUUAAGCAAAAAUAACGGAUUAACGCCAGAUGUUUUUGAAAAUAUUUCACAACACGAAUCAUUAAGUCAUCUCAGGCUCACAGGAACAGAUAUUUCAGAUGAGGUUGUGAAAAAUAUUUCCAAGAAUGGAUCAAUCUCAAUUCUUGAUCUCGACUACACCAAGAUAACUAUUAAGGGUAUGAAAUAUUUGUUCGUUGCUAGCCAGGAAGACAAACUUGUUGGGAAAAUAUCCUCGUCUCUGUCUACUCUUUGUGUUCGAAAUUGUGGACUUUCUCAAAAUGAAUUGAAAAAGGAAAUUACUCUUCAAGGCAAAUCAGUCUCAAUUAAAUUAUAA